CGUAUCUUAAAACUUAAGAAAAAAAUUAAAAUAAAAUUCAAAGUGUUGCGUUGUUUUUGUUGGGGGUAUGUACUGUUGUUGUAUUUGCUGUUUUGUCUUCAUGCUAAGUUUGGUGUUGUGUACUUUUUUCCCAAGAGUAUAGAGAUACUUGUGCUGGGUCGACUUGGCCUGUUGCUCUUGCUGCAACCAGCCACAACAACAACAACUAUAAUAUUGUCAGCAGUAAGACAAGCGGCCAGCAAACACCAACCACCACCAUCGGCAUCACCGCCAACAAGAAGGCAUGUAAAUUGCAGAGCCCUUGAUUUUAAGCACCAGAUACGUUCAUUAAGUCUGUGCAAGACGUUCCGCAAUCUGAAAACGCGUUUCUUAAAGUCGCGUCUGCCCCGAUUGCUUGACUUUUUUGAAGUUUUUCGUUUUUUUUUUGGUUUGCCUUAUUUUUUGUAUCUCCAUCAUCGUGUUCUUCAAUCGAUCGCUCGUUUCGUUCACUCGCUCGCUCGCAGCGCAUUUUCGGUUUGUUUGUCUUCCAGUGCCGUUGUUGUCGUCGUGGUCGUCGUCGCAGUCGUUGUGCCACCCAAAAAGUGAUUUCGAAAAUUUCAUCCAAAUGGCAAUAAAGUAUUCAAAUUAAAGGAAAAUUAAAGAUCAGAUGAGAUUGUUCAACGCAAAUUGCUUUGCAAAUUAAAUUGCCUGACACGAAAAAAUAAAUAAAGAAAAAUAACAUCAAAACAAAAUAAGAAAGAAAAAAAUCUCAAGAAGAUUCUUUGCACAACAUCGAGAUAAAAGUUUGUCGCUUGGUGAAGAGCUCAUAAAAGCGUGUAAAAGUGCUAACAAAAAUAAUUACAUGUGUGUAAAUUAGGGGAAAACAUCUAAAAGAUAAUUGAGCUUUUAAAAAAGUAUUCGUGAUCUACAGACCACAUUACAGAGUCAAGAUUCAUGCACAGGAAACCGUUUAAAAUAAUACAUGACACACAUUGUAUGCUGGCAGUCAGCCAGCCAGAGAACUGCUCUCAACCUCAGUUAACAAAUUUUCGUCAUCGUCUGAGGCCGUAAUUGUGUAGUCAAAACCUAAGAGAUUUAAUAACUGAGAAAACCGCACUGCCAGAAGAAAAUUUCAAGUGCCCUGAAAAUAUAAAUAAGUAAUCAUUUUUUUUUCAUUGUUCCCGUUUAAAACACAGAAAGAAGAAUUGAAAACACAGUGCACCCAAAGAAGAAAAAUUAAAAGAAAACAACAAGCAUUUUUUUUUAAGAAAUCUCGUUAAAAGUGUUUGCGUGUGCCUACAUAAAGUGGGUGUGUGUGUGUCUUAGUGUGUGAGAAAAAACCCAAGAAAAAUAUAAAGAAAAAGAAACGCUCAUUUGCUGGCGAAGGGAAAAUCUAACGGAAAAAUGCAACAUUGAACAAAAUGCUUUUGGCCCUAAAGCAACAGCGAGUACUAGUUUGGCCAGCACUACUACCAUUAUUAUUGUUAUUACUAUCAUCAUCGUCGUCAUCAUCAUCAUCAGUAUUAACAUCAUUAUUAUUAGCAUUACUAAGGCAACCACGUUACUCCAACAGCAAAAAUCAGCAGCAACAACAACAACAAAUACAUUUUAGCAACGUAAAUUUAUUUUUUAAAACACAAAGUUUUCAAAGUGAUCUUAAAGUUGCUGUUGUUGUGUUUUAUUGCCGCCGCUGUGUUGGCCUGUCCACCACGCCACCGCUUCAACCACCACAACCGCCAGCACCACGGACUUUGUUGCCACCACCACCACCACCUGUAGUACUACUAUUGCUACUUCUCUCAAACCUCUGCUGCAAAGUCAAAGCCGCCAAAUAAAGUGACGAAGACCACAACGAAAUUUACGGUGACGACGUCGAGCAACGUAAAAUGGAACCCUCAUAUGAUCACGAACAUCAACAUCAUUCUCAUCAACAGUCGCAGUCGCAGCAGCAGCAACAACAACAACAUCUACUAACAAAUUACAAUUCAAAAAAAUACAAUUCACCCAUAAAUCGUACCCCAGAAUACAACAACAGCAGCAGCAACAACCCCGUGACCGGUGGCAGCGGUAAUGGCGCUGAACUUCAUGAGCAAACUGCAAAUGCAAUUCUUGCCGACGGUCGUUUAGGUUCGCUACAUGAAACAGCGGCUGCAAGCGGCCCCAACAGCAGCACAACAGAUAUUGCCUACCAAUAUCGGCAUGGCAGUGAACAUUCCUCGUCUAGCCUCCACUCACCGGUAGUACAUCAUCAUUCCACCUCAAGGUCUACACCUACGCACAACCACAACAGUUAUGACGGUGAUCCUCAUAAUGCGCCAGAUCCAAGUAGUGUUGUUGCCGUGUCGUUACCUUUGACCUCGCAGUGUCACAAUUCGGUAAUAAUGUCCAAUUCGUAUAUGGUCGCCUCAACACCUUCGCCUGGAUCACAUACAACACAUUCACAGCACAUACAACACCAUCCGCAUCAGCAACAGCAGCAACAAACAUCUCAGCAUUUAAUUGGUUCCAACAUACCCUCUAUGCUAGCCAAUGCGAAUUCAGCAGCAUCCUCGGCCACAAUGCUCAAUAAAUAUUUAACGCAUCCAAAUAUGAUGUCGAUUGCAAUGUCUUCGGAUACCGAGGAUUAUGCUGGGCACAUGGGUGUCGCAACAUCAUCGGUGGGCCUUGGUGCUAGCGGCGGCGGCGCCGGUGGUGGUGUGAUGUCCGGUACUUUAAUGGAUAGCCCCAUGUGGGCCUAUGAUUACAAAGGUGAACUGUGUGCCGCCAAUGCCAGCUAUCUGGAUCAACGUCACAAAUUAGUCAACGAAGUUAAAUUUCGUGCUGUCGCCAACAAUCAGUCUAAAUGUGCCAAAGAAGCUAGAAUACGAAGGCCCAUGAAUGCGUUUAUGGUCUGGGCCAAAAUCGAACGUAAAAAAUUGGCCGAUGAGAAUCCUGAUUUGCAUAAUGCGGAUUUGAGUAAAAUGUUGGGUAAAAAGUGGCGAUCUCUAACACCUCAAGAUCGUAGACCCUAUGUGGAAGAAGCUGAACGUCUCAGGGUUAUACAUAUGACGGAACAUCCCAACUACAAAUAUCGUCCACGGCGAAGGAAACAAUCAAAAAUGCGUUCCCUGCAACCCAAUGGCGUGGCAAAGGAACAAAAUGGAACCAACCCCAAUGGGGGUCAAUCGCCCAAUAAAAGCGCGAAUAACCAACAAAAAUCGGCGGCAACACCACCCUCAAACUCCAUGUCUUCGGGGACAUAUGAAACGAGUUCAAAUCAAAGGAACUCCACACCGCAAAUACAAUUACCACCGACAAGUGGGGCCGUCACCACCAGUCUUUAUGAACAGACCUUAAGAUCGAACUAUUCUCCCAGUUCUUUGGAUUGUUAUAGUAAUCCGGAAUUAACAGGCGGCGGAGGAGGAGCGGGAGGUGGAGCUGAUAAUGGGGAAUAUUUAAAUUGUCAACCCCCCUCAGCGACGGCACAAAGUGCGGAAUUGAGUUCAGGGAGGGCGGGAAGUAGUUUUGCCAUUGAGGAGUCGAAUGGCACUGCAUCGCCUAAUUCUUCAGCGACCUACAAGAAAAUUGGCUCAAGAAACCCUACCUUAACGGGUUCGCCAAAGAACCAGGGCAGAAAUCGCACAGGCAGCAACACAAACUCAACGAAACACUCAAAAGAGUCACAAAAACAAAGUAAAGACAGCGCUGAAACAUCCAUCUCAUCCCAUACAUACCCGCUAAGUGCCACAUCGAUGUCAGUGGUGGCCGGACGCGGCAUGUAUGUGACCUGUACAAAUCGUGGUCUAUUGGACCAUGGCCAUUCGGUUAAGGGUACGUUUUAUCCGCCUGUAUCGAGUCUGGAUGAGGAUAAACACCACUUGAGCAGCCAUACAACGUCAAUGGCCCAUGCCAACUCCUCCGGUGGCAGUGGCAUGCAUUUGGGUUAUAGCUCACAGCAUUUGCAUCAAAGCGACAUCAAUUUUUCGGCGCUAGAUUCGACGCGUCUCGCACAGACAGGUGUGUCACCAUCCGGAGAUUAUUUGGUAGCCUCCAAUGCCUACAACGUAAGCCCAAAUGUUACCUAUGAGGAUUAUUUGCGUUAUACCUCCAGUGCCCAUGCAGCCGCUGCCCAUGGAUCCCAAUUUGUCGAUAGUGAUUACGUCUCGGCAUCAAGUGAAAAUAAUGCCGGCAAUAUUGAAGAUGAAACUCUCAAGAGUAUCAAUGCUUUGAAGCAGACCAAAUAUCCCGACACCAAUCACAAUUACGACAGCUAUGAAACCUUCAAUCCCAUGGUGGUAUCUACCUCCAGUGGUAGCUACUAUAGUCAGUUGCCUUACUCGUUGGCUGGGCAAUCGUUUCCCCUCCAACUGGCCCUGCCAUUGCAGCAGAGUUCAUUGGCAGGGGGAGUUUAUGGUCAGGUCGCCUCUCACAAUCAAAACCAAAGUUACCUUCAUUAUAAUCAUUACAGUCCCCAGUUGUCGACACAAAUGUCACACAUCGGGGAUAGUGGUAACAAUUCACCCUCGCAACUUGGUGGCGGAAUCAAUAUGACACAAACAACUUCCAGUGCCGCAACAACGCCUUCCUUGCCCGCCAGCCUUGUACAGUCGUCAACAACGUCUUCCUAUGCCAGCCAUCCGCACAAUCAUCAUCACCAUGCCCAUAAUCACCAUCAUCAUCCGCAAGUUUUCGGAACGGUUCCAAACUCGGGCACAGUUUUGGGUGUGGGAGAAAUGCUUAUCGAAUCGAGGCGUGAUGAAGAAAUUAGUAAUAUUUUGGCUGGUGUACGCAAAACCUGCUAUAGUAAUUGAUUUUAUUUGGGGAGUUAUUCCGCAAAUUUCGUUGGACCACAACAUCCUGCGUCAUUCAACUUAAUCGUAUAUAAAACAUUUUUUUUUGCUUUUCUUCUUUAAUUUAUAAAAAAUAAAUUCAUUUAUACUGUAUUAGUAUCAAUAGUAGUUGUAAUCUUUUUUUUUUGUAUGUGUGUAGCAAGUUUUGUUUGUAUCAUUCCACUCGUUCAUGAGAUAUCCAUCCCAGUAUUGCAUCUUGUUAAAAAUGAAAAUCUAUUGUGUAAACGAAUAUUGUUUAUUUUGAUAUAAAGUGAAUUUUGUAAAUAAAAGAAAAUCGAUUGAACAUAUCUUGAAUCACUAUUUUUAUUUUUUGCUCAUUGGAAGGAUAACGGAAUGCGGGAUAAACUAGACUUUUAAAGAAGCAGAAUCAUUUAAUUGCUGCUGUCAAUCCUGCGUGCGUCAAGCCCUUCUACGGAAUGUGGGAAAAACUAGACUUUUUAAAGAAGCCGUACCAAAAAUAUUCACUUUCUCACCAAUAUCCACUUUUUGACCCAGAUAUGCCGGAACAAUAACUCCC